UCUCUAGCUCCUAGAUUUUUAGUGCUAAAUUUAAACUUUCCUCAAAAAUGCUUUAUUCUUUACCAACAAAGACAAAACUGGAUGUUUUUAAAUUCUUCAACUAUCAGCAAUUACAUAUGUUCAAUUAAACAAAAAAAUUUAUAUUUUCGUGAUUUUAUUAAUAAUUUUGAAUACGAACUUGCUCGUGAAAAAUUAUUGGAGAUUUCUAUUAAGCUGAGAAUUUUGACUUUGAUUUAUUUGAUGAGGAGCAUAAUGAAAUGGGGGGACAAAUAGAAAAGCCUUCUUUAAUGCCUGGUGGUUCUCUAGAAGCUUGG